AUGCUCGCCGCGACCGCCCUCCGCAGACAAAUGCUCGUCUCGCUCGAGAUGAACAACAAGGACCCCGCAUACGACUACUUCCUCGCAUGGAUGGCCGUCCAGUCCGCACGCACCCACGCCGGCGCCGCUCCGUGGUCCGCGCUGUUCCGCUCCUCUUCCCCGUGGAUGCGGAGCCACCAGCUCGGGGUGCAGACGCUCCAGGAGCAGCGCAAGAACGGCAGCGCGUCGGUAUUGUUUAAGCUCGUCGCGGCUCCCGGGACGCACUAUCUGCGCUAUCAGAGUGUAUGGAUGCAGGUGAAGCGGGACAGGGAGACUAAGUCGCCGAAUCUCAUGACGGGGAUGCCUUGGGAGACGAUCACCAUCACGACUUUGUCAAGAGACAGAGGGGUCUUCACGCAAUUGCUUGCUGAAGCGCGCGAUAUGGCUAUGCGCGGUCAGGAGGGCAAAUUGGUCAUUAACAUUCCUUGGGGCAUCGAAUGGAAACCGUUUGGCCAGCCCAGGCGGAAACGACCGCUUGGGAGUGUUGUCCUCGAGGAAGGUGUGGCGGAGAAGAUUGAGGCAGACGUAAAAGCGUUCUUGGAACGGCGACAGUGGUAUGCAGAUCGAGGUAUACCCUACCGCCGCGGCUACCUCCUGCACGGCCCGCCCGGCUCGGGCAAGUCCUCGUACAUCCAAGCCCUCGCCGGCGCGCUUAACUACGACAUCUGCGUCCUCAACCUCUCCGAGCGCGGCCUCGCCGAUGACAAGCUCAUCCACCUCCUUUCGAAUACCCCCGAGCGCUCCUUCGUCCUCAUCGAGGACAUCGACGCCGCGUUCAACAGGCGCGUCCAGACGAGCGAGGACGGCUACCAGUCAUCCGUCACCUUCUCCGGCUUCCUCAACGCGCUCGACGGCGUGGCUUCUGGAGAGGAGCGCAUUAUUUUCAUGACCACGAACCAUCCCGAGCGGCUCGACCCUGCGCUGAUCCGUCCGGGGCGCGUAGACCUCGCGGCGCUCAUCGACGACGCUACGCCAAAGCAGGCGCGGCGGCUCUUUGAGAGGUUCUAUGGCAGGGAUGACAGCGCAGAGAGCGAGUCCGGAGUCGUCGCGCAGGAGGCACAGGGACGGGCACUGGAGGGCUGGGAACGCGUGCCUGAGAGUCAGCUGCGCGAGUUGGCGGAUGAGGUGGAGCGGCUCGUGGAAGAGGAAGCGACGGAGAGCAAGAAAAUCAGCAUGGCCGCGCUGCAGGGGCUUUUCAUCCGGAGCAACGCGCGAGAAGCCGUCAGGGACGUGAGGACACUGUUCGUGGCGAGACAGCCACCAGCGCAGGUGCAGUAA